GCCGCUCAGUCGCAAAUCUGUUACGCCAGUGCACCGUCGCACGCGCAUCUAACAUGGCCGACUGGUUUGCGCGCCAAAAAUCGCGAAAUUUAAUUCACCGCAUAUUAGUGCUGCUAAUUAUUUAUUAAACUUUUUGCUGUGUUAAAUACGUACGUUUGGAAUUUGAAUUCGCCCGAAGAAUAAUUAUUGUGUAUUUAAGUACAUAUCCCGAAAAAGCAUUAUAAAAGUUUUGGAUCACGAAAUAUUUAUAAUAUAAAUAAUUUUCCAAGUUUCCCGAUGGCGAAACAAUCUUAAAAGAGGUGUUUUCUUACAUUGUGAAUUAGAAGAUUUAUAUUAGGUAUAUAGCUACUUGUUAAGGAAUGGAAAAUAAACUAAAACUGUAAUACCUAAUUAAAAUAAAAACUAAAAUCAAUUUAAUUUAAUUUAAUACUUCAUCGACACCAUCGCAGCGAGGAAUUUUAGCCAAGAUGCAGGCAUUGCCCCUUUGGAUGGCCAAACUAAUUCUUAUCCAAAGUAACUGCCAACUUUUAGGUCUCGUGGAAAAAAAACCUCUUUGUUAUCAGUGCCUGUAAUCUUUAAUUUCGUAUUUACCAAAGAAAGUUGUGUUUUACCAACAAUUAUGAAUCGAAAAUGCAUACGAAACUUUUUGGAUGUUUGGUGUUAGUGAUAUUAUUAUGUUAUUGUGAUGGUUUGAACAAUAAGAAGAAAGUUAAAAGAAAAGUCGGUGUUAGUGCUGGUGGGAAGAAUAGGCUUCCGUUCGCGAAUGUGACUGAAAAACAUGGUGUUGAAAAUAGAGGAUUUUUGUCACACGGAGGCCUGUUCUCUCUGGGCAAGGUGCUCAACUUCUUCCCAGUGGGAGGAGAGAGGGAGUGCCAGCCCUCCGAGUUUACAAUCGCACGCGCGGGCAUCUGCCUCAACCCUUACGACUGUCGCCAGAGGGACGGCAAGGCUUCUGGUGACUGCGCGCAUGGCCUCGGCGUAUGCUGUGUUUUCGAGGUGACCUGCGGAGGCACAGUCCAGAACAACCUGACAUACUUCAUGUCACCCCGAUUCCCUGAGUUGUGGAUGGGGGAGAGCAACUGCUCCAUCCAGAUCGAGAAGACCCACGCCGGCAUCAUGCAGCUGAGGAUUGAUUUCGUGCAUUUUACUAUCGGUCAGCCGAACCGUCUAACGGGAGAAUGCGAUGAAGAUGCGAUGGUGUUGGGAGAAGGAGCUACGAACUUCACACUUUGCGGACAAAACCAUGGACAACAUAUAUACUACACUCUAUCAAGCGGGAGCGAGACGCGAGAAGCGGGGGAGCUACCUCGCACCAAGCCCACCCCGCUCGUGAUCCACAUGCGAGGUAGUGAUAUGCCGCGUCUCUGGCUGCUGCGGCUGGCACAGAUGCCGCUCGCGCAGUCCUCACCAAACAACUGUCUGCAGUUCCACAUCGAGAAUAACGGUACCAUAAAGACUUUCAACUACGCUUCUAACGGCCGUCACCUCGCCGAUCAAGAGUACAGAGCGUGCGUCAGGAGAAACAUCGGGUUCUGCUCCAUACGAUACACUCCGUGCGAUAACCGCUCUUUUCGCAUUGGACCGAGAGGCGAUAGUUCUUUGGAUCCUUCAAUUAGUGACCAGAUGGAUCAAGUGAUGCCAGUGGACGAUGAAGAGAACCAACAGGACGAGGAGGGCUCGGGUUCGGAUCCACAAAUCGAAGAAAGUUCCACCCCUCAGCCUAGUCUCAUGGCUAGGAUCUGGAGCUAUAUCUGGCCGUUUGGCGGGCAGAGGGCGUUGGAAGACCAGCGGGCGUUGGUGGACCAGCGGUCUUUCUGGAGCUGGUCUCCGUACAUGCAGCACUAUAGUGAAGAGAAGCUGAAGUACUACGGCUAUGGGAAUUACGCUGGCAGUGGUUUUGGCAGACAGGGGUGUACGGAUAGAAUCACUAUACCCUGCGAGAAUGAAUACUUUGUAUCGUCCCAACUUUUCGGACCGGGAGUGUGCGACCCCCACCACUGCGGGAGCUCCUUCUGUCCGGGGAUAAGGCCAUCGGACUGCAGGGUUGACACCUCCAUCACGCCCUUCGCCGUGUCCGUGCACUUCGGCGCGCCCACGCUCAAGCACAACCCUGAAGAGAACAUCGGGAUGUGCCUGAGAUAUACCCAAGUGCCGUGCGACUCAUGAAUUGGUUACUUCUGUCUGGGAGUGAAACCAUCGGACUGUAGGGUUGACACCUCCACCACGCCCUUCGUCGUGUUCGUCCAUUUGGGCGGGCCCACGCCGCCGUAGAUUUCAGUCUACACUCUACCCUCAAAACCAUUGUGCUCUUCAACGAAACAUAGAUUUAAAAAAAAAAUUUGCAUUCGUACCCCAGAUACAUAUCUAUGCCCAGAGACUAUUAUUUGAAGUAAAAAGGUAGUGGACGUUGUAAAUAAUUUUGUAUCAUAAACAUCUAUUUUAAAUUAAGACUUUGUUAUUAUUGAGGUACUUUGUAAAAUAUCAUUUGCUUUGUUAAAUAGUAAUAAGUGUAUAGAGAUCUAUUUAUU